AUGAGCGGCGAUGAAGUGAUGCCAGGGUUCACGGGGGAGAAGGGUGCCGAGGCGAUGGCCCUGAAGGGCGGCUGUUUCUGCGGAAAGGUGGCCUUCACGAUUGAGGCACCCUGCCUCACGGCCUUCGCCUGCCACUGCACGAACUGCCAGAGGCUGCAGGGCGCGCCGUACACGCGCUACGCCUACUUCCCCCCCGGGGCGAUCAAGCCGGACACCGGAUCGGAGGAGUUCGCCGCCAAGUUCAACAGCAGCGAGAACCUGGCGAGGUACCACUGCCGGGUGUGCGGCUCCCCUGUCUGGGGCGUGAACUCGGCCAAGGGCUUCGAGUGCAUGGGGUGUCCCAUCGCGGCGCUGGAGAGGGGCCCCGACGGGAGGUUCCUGGGCGGGGAGGGCAUCAAACUCAACGGCCACGUUUUUUACGACAGCAGGGUGGCGGACGUGGACGACGGCGUGCCCAAGCACGCCGGCUACCCGCCGGAGGCCGCUGCCGUCGACUUCGGGGCGGCGUUCAAAAGCGGCUGA